AUGAGCCAACUACUCACGGCGCGGCAGGCGGAGGAGCUACACAAGUCAAUCAUUGCCUACCUGGCUUCAGCGAAUUUACCCCAAAGCUCCACAGCGCUGCGAGAAGAACUUGGUGACUCAGUCACUGUCGACGACUCUACACUGAAGAAAUAUGAGGGACUCUUAGAGAAGAAGUGGACUAGCGUAGUCCGAUUACAAAAGAAGAUUAUGGAUUUGGAAUCGCGAUGUGCCUCGCUCCAGGCUGAGCUGGACACCGCGACUCCGACGUCGCUGUCACGAAGAAACCAGGACCCCGCCUCCUGGCUGCCCCGAGCGCCAGCUCGUCACGAUCUUGAGUCGCACCGGCAACCGAUUACCUGUGUCGCUUUUCACCCGAUUUUCUCAUCUCUCGCAUCCGGCUCGGAAGAUACGACAAUUAAAAUCUGGGACUGGGAGCUGGGCGAGCUCGAACGUACAAUCAAGGGUCACACGAGAGCUGUCUUAGAUGUGGAUUAUGGAGGCCCGCGAGGGGGCACCCUCCUUGUAUCCUGCUCAUCUGAUCUCACUAUCAAGCUGUGGGACCCCGCAGACGAAUAUAAAAAUAUCAGAACCCUACCAGGACACGAUCAUAGCGUAUCUGCGGUUCGCUUCAUCCCGUCAGGGGCGGCGGGAUCUCCUAUGUCUGGAAACCUUCUGGUGUCUGCGUCUCGGGAUAUGACACUCCGGAUAUGGGAUGUAACGACAGGAUAUUGUGUCAAGACACUGCAAGGACAUGCUGCCUGGGUACGUGACGUUGUGCCGUCUCCAGAUGGUCGCUUCCUAUUUUCUGCUGGUGACGAUCAAGUUCCUCGGCUGUGGGAUAUCUCUUCGGGAGAAACAAAAGCUACUUUCUUGGGACAUGAACAUUACAUCGAGUGCGUUGCCUUUGCUCCAGCUACCAGCUACCCGUAUCUUGCACCUCUUGCAGGCCAGAAGAAGCCGCCACCGGCCUCAUCGUCCGCAGAAUUUGUGGCGUCCGCAGGUCGUGACAAGACAAUUCGUCUCUGGGAUGCACGGGGCAACUUGAUUAAAACCCUAGUGGGCCAUGACAAUUGGGUACGCGGGUUGGUGUUUCACCCUGGUGGCAAAUAUCUGCUUUCAGUCGCAGACGACAAGACCUUACGAUGCUGGGAUCUUACCCAGGAAUGCAAGUGCGUGCGUACGAUCGAUGCCCAUGAUCACUUUGUCAGUUCAAUUCGGUGGGCACCUCCUUUGAUUAAAGAUACUGGCGCGAAUGGCGAUUCUGCGGCCAACGGUACUGCGGAAUCUGGUGCCAACGGUGCAAAGGAUGAUCCCAAGGCCGCAAACAAAAUGUCAAUCAGAUGUGUGGUUGCCACUGGCAGUGUGGAUCUCAAGGUCAAGGUCUUUGCAUCAUGA